AUGAAUGGUGUUACCGUGGUCAACACUUGUCUGUCCAGAUGGUCGAAAGGAGGUGAAUCGGAAUGUCGGGCAUUCCUUAUUCCACUUCACUCCACCCCUCCGAAUCCAAACGUUCUCGACGACAUCUUGACAGCCUACCAGGCUCUUCUUUUCUCGACUCUAUCGUCUUGGACUAGUAGAGGAAGUUUGUCCCCCGAGUCUUUCGUUGCUUUUGUCCAGUCUAUGCUCAACAGUCUCCCUUCCUCUUCUUCGUCGUCAACAACUACUUCAUCCAAUACUGCCCUUUUUAAAGAGCAAGUGGUUGAUCUCAUAUGGACCGUUGACACCGAAUUGGAUGAAAUCGUGGCUGACGCGAAGGCGACCAUAGCAAAAAGUGGCGUCCAAGACUCACCAGGAGACAAGCCUGCCGCGCUGUUAAAGGCGAAGAAAGCCAAGCAGGAUGCCGAAGCUGAUAAAGAUAGGAUAAUUUCUAUUGUUAAACAGUUCAUGAACGUUGGCAUUAUCUCACCUGCGAUCGCUCGAGAAAGAUUGGAUUCCUCAAUUUUGUCUAAUGUCGGGAUAUUUGCAGACAAAUCAACAUUGGACAAAAGAGAUAUUCGAACUCGGACAGGAUUAUUCUUCAAGCAGAACAAGUUCAAUCUUCUCCGGGAGCAGUCUGAGGGAUACAGCAAGCUUACUACAGAACUUACAAGUAACCUUGGCCCCGCGCAUUCGUCCUCUACCGGUCGACCAACCGAAACUUGGUCUGCUAUCGAAGAACGCGCACGACCGGUCUGGGAAAAGAUCACCAGUCUUAUUGGCUACUUUGAUCUGGAUCCUAUACGCGCGUUGGAUAUCAUAUUAGACGUUCUGAGCACCCACCUCGCAACUCAUUACACCUUCUUCAUCGCCUUGCUCUCAUUUUCCCCUUGGGCUGGCUCUUAUCGAAAACGCACUAGAGAGGCACCCAUGUCUGUAGACGAGUCAGAAAGCCGGUACAAAGGCAAGACCCUUCACCAAGUCCUCUCAUUAGCCGAUCCAAGGUUUAAUUCCGAGACACCUCCGGCGGAUCAGAAACCAUCUGUGCUAGCCCAAGUUUUAGGUUUCAAAUUCGUCUACUACAGCGGUCCCGAUGUUUCUGAACAGACACCCAGAAAUUUAUAUCUGACAGCAGCUCUCCUAAUACGCGAAAAAUUUAUUGUGCUGGAAGACUUGUAUCCUCAUCUGUCUCUGCCUGAUGCAGACAUGGAGCAGUCGCACGAGGCGUAUCUGGCUGACAUCAAGUCCAGAAUAGCUGCCGCCAAAAUUAGCCAGUUAGCAAUGGCUGCUCCGUUGGAGUCUACAACGUCUUCGUCCAAAGCCAAGGCUUCGACUCCCGCAGAACAGAAACAUGAGAACGAAUUCAAAGAUCGAUACACCCAGAAAAGUGGCAUGAUUGCGGCUCUAUUGGCCGUAGGUGCCAUCAAACCUGCGCUUUGGCUUCUGUCCAAAUUCCCUUGGAUGGUAGAUGCACAGCCUGAAAUAGCUGAUCUCAUGAUUCGUAUCAUGAAAUUAUCUAUCCAACCACUCUAUGAUUCUGUCUUGGUCACCAAGGAACGCAAUCCGAGUUUCUUACAGCCCAGGGCUCGCUAUGGAACAACAGGUGUUACGCAGCCACCACCAAGAAAACAAGUGCUGACUCUGUGGGCUCCCACACCGCCAUGUACAUCCACGACAGAAUUUGUUUUCUUCUUUCCAGACUGGUCCGAGCAGGUUCCCAUAUGCUCUACGCCGGAUGAUCUGGUGGAUGUUAUCGAGCCGCUGAUGCGUUUCAUUGGAUUGCACGUUUCUCGUGAUACGAUUUUCCUGACCAAGUUCCUAAGGCUUGGUAGGACUCAGUUACAGACUACGGUUGAAGUAGAUCCCGUCACCAAGAAGCCGCUAGGAGAGCCUGACCCCGAAAAUCCUAUACGCGUAUUUUGGUUCAGGGUGUUGCGUAUGUAUCUUCUACCGGCCCUUACACUUAUUCGCGGGAAUGCGGUUUGCACCGUUGAAGUUUGGAACAUCAUUCGGCAGUACGAAACGACAGCGCGAUGGCGUUUGUAUGGGGAGUGGAAAUCUCACAUAUACGAUUCCCAUCCGGAACUUGGUGUACGUCGGGUUGAAGCCGAUAGGGAGUCGAAGGGGAUACUACGACGCCUUUCGCAUAAUACCAUCGAUUCACUGUCUGGUACGGUGGCGAAGCUUGCGCACUCCAACCCGUGCAUCUUUUUUAUCAACGCGGUGAAUCAAAUCAUGGCCUAUGACAACCUGGCCAGCGUCGUUAUCCAGGCUCUGCGAUUCGUGACUAAUAUGGGUUUCGACGUGUUGGUUUUCAUUAUCCUCGACGCUCUAUCAAAUCAAAGGAAAGAGCGUGUUAAGGACGAUGGUGUCAACACCAGCGAUUGGCUACAAAGUUUGGCCUCAUUUACCGGAAUGUUGUUCAGACGUUACAGUGCUGACCUUACUCCUGUCUUGAAGUAUAUCGUACAUCAACUUCAAAACGGGAUGACUUCAGAGAUCGUGGUCCUUCGAGAGCUGAUAUGGAAGAUGGCGGGCGUCGAACCGUUACCUAGCUUGUCUGACUCCCAGAUAGCCGCUAUGGCAGGCGGCCCGGCGUUGCGUAUAGAAGCCAUUGCAUCGGCCACCCGUGGUGCAAGGCUUGACCCUGCUGAAGCUAGUUUGAAGGGACCGUCUAGGCUUGGCAAGACUUUGGUGGAUUCCGGCUUAGCUCUCCCGCUUUUGAUACAGGUAGCUCAGCAGCGGCAGUCGUCGAUCUACAAGGCUCCCGAUGCGCACCUGAAAUCACUAGCCAGUUUGUAUGAUACGACGCAUGGUGUACUGCUUCAGUAUCUGGAGCUUUUGACAUCACCAUCUGUUGUACCAGCUGAAGACUACGCAAACAAGAUAAUACCCCCCAUCAGAGAACUAGGCGAGAAGUACGGGAUCUGUGCCCCGAUAUGCAUGCAGAUUCUCAGACCUGUGCUUCAUGAUGCACUGUUGAAAACGGCAUUAGCUAAAGAUGAACAAAACCGUCUUGCUAGUGAGGAAGCCGAGAAACGGCUGAAGGCUGCUCUCACGGCGAAGCGCGAACCGUCGGCAGCAAUCUCUCGGGUUGCAUCACCAGCUGUGGUUUCAACCAACCCUUCUGAGGUGAAUGACGAACCCAAAGCGGAAUCUAGCAAUGAUGACGUUGCCAUGGAAGUUGAACCAGCAGCUGCAUCUGUAGCACCUGAGAGCCCAUGGGUUCCCGAACUGGCCGCAUUAUUCGAUGACGUGAAGCGUAUCGCCCCUGAACGUGCUAUCAAUACCAUUGGACCUGGUUUCUAUUUGACAUUUUGGCAACUCUCUACUUAUGACUUGUCGCCGCCUAUGACUAAAUACGACGAAGAAGGAGCUGCACUGCGAGCCCUCAGUCGUCAGGAGGAUUCCAGAUAUGUGGCUGCAGAUCGUUCCGCGGACCGCCAGAAACGUCUGACAGCAGCAGCCCACCGCUCGAAACGAGAUCGAUACAACCAGCUAGUAAACACUUUGAACCGGGAGCUGAAGCAACAGAUCAUAUCUAGAGAAUACACUCAGAAGCGUCUGGCUCAAGAAAAACAGUACUGGUUCGCUCACUUGUCAAGCAAACGAAAUCUUGCUCUCGUGGAAGCAAUGCUAGAACACUGCAUUUACCCACGCUGCUUGUUGUCCCCCAUGGAUGCUGAUUAUACGGCUCAAAUGAUUAGGCUUUUGCAUACCCAAGGCACCCCAGGGUUCCAAACAAUUGUUUGCUAUAACCUGCUACUCAGUGAUGACGUCAAGGUUGUCCUCUUCUCUUGCAGUGAAUACGAAGCGCGUAAUUAUGGUCGGUUCCUUCACGCUAUCUUGACGGACCUUUACAAGUGGCACUCUGAUGAGCAAGCAUGGUUAUCGGAUAAUCGGUCGACAGUGAAAGGAAAGACUGUGAUUCAUCCGGGCUUUCAGAAUCGUCCUGGUCAAACUGGCCAUAUAUCGCAUCUGGAGUUCCAAAAGUUAUUAAGAAAAUGGCAUAUGAAGCUGGUCGGGGCCUUCAUCGACUCCAUAGAAACCGGAGAAUUCAUGCAUGUGUACAACGCCAUCCUUGUUCUGAAGGAGAUUCUACCGGUAUUUCCUCUAUCGACAGUUGCUACUCACGGCGGUGUGAAGCUGAACCACGCCAUGGAGAAAUUCCUUGAAAACGAGAAGCGUGGAGACUUGAUGAUUCUUGGCCGAGCUUAUGCCGCGACUUUGAAGAAAAGAGAACCAUUUUGGACGCCACCUAAGGUGCCGCCUGGCAAGGCACCUUCAAACAAUGCCGCUCCAGAAAAACCUCGAAGUGCUGUACCCCCGACCGGUCCGAGUGCUCAGUCAACAGUCAAUGGAGAAAUAAGACGCUCUACUUCUCAAGCCGCGUCGACGCCCUCUGCUCCACGAGCCCACGCCAGCAAUGGUGCAACGGAAAAGUCAGCAAGUAACUCAACGUCAACCAAACUGACAAUGGAGCACGAUAAACGACCUCCUGUUGUCCGGCGAGUAGCACGCGACUCUGGCAAUGAAUCCCCUCGGCCUUCUGUUGUUGAUACUCAUGGCAAACCGGGUGCGCAAACCGGCCGCGCCACACCUACAGGGCCCGCACCGUCCAAAGAAGAUACAAUGCUUUCCCGACGUUCUCAGCCACCAUCACGACACGACAGCCCCGUUGUUGCUGCCACUGAUCUCCCACUUCCUGCUCGCCCUGAACCUCCUCAGUCUCCUCGAAGCCAUCGUGCAGGAGAUGAUAAAAUCAACAAACCCGAUACUCAGCCUACCAUGCCGCCUCCAUCUGUGCCUAGCCAAACUCCUUCUGCCCAAGAACUCAGAGAGACCGCGAAACAGUCUAUCCUUCGGUCAGAAAAAACUGCCGAUGAUAGAAACGUCAGACCCGCAGUUGAAUCUCGAAGUCGUAAUGGAUCAGCGGCACCGUCUCCCCGCCAUCGUUCUAUCUCUCCGCCUAGUGGGCCAGGUACGCGAAAUUCUAGCGCUGAUAGCCGGACAAGCAGGACCCGUUCUGACAGAAGGCCUGCUGACGGUGAUGAGAAAAAGGUCGACAGAGAAAGCCGUGAAACACGGGAACCGGCCCCUCCUACCCGUCGCGACAGCAUUACGCAUACUCGUAGUGAACGAGCCGGUCGGGAGCGUACUUCGACACGUGAGAGUGACAAAGAUGGAGAGAGAGAGAAAGAUCGUGACCGUGACAGAGACAGAGGGCGUGAUAGACAUGAGAGAGAGCGCGACAAGGACCGGGACAGAGACAGGGGAGAUAGGGAGAGGGAGAGAGAUAGAGACCGCGAUCGUGAUAGGGAAAGAGACCGAGAUCGUCAUCGGAGAGGUGGAGAUGACAAGGAACGUGACCGUGAAAGGAAGGAGCGUGACGGCCAUAAUCGUGGUCCCAGUGCCACCGUUCCUGCUCCUUCAGAAACAACACGACCGGGUCGAAGUCAAAACGAUGACAGUCUUGGGAAACGGAGGAGGGGUGAAGAGGAGGCUGAGCGAACGCUGAAGCGUGGGUCACGUAAGGAGGGUCACGACCGAACGAGACGUACUGAAAAGGAAGGUCGUGAAUACGAAAGGCGGAGAAGAGAUCGGGAACCGUCCGACGCUGAUGGCCGCGGUGCUACUGGUAGUGCAGACAAAGGUGGUGACAAACGACCUCCGCCUGAGGCACCAUCAUCUCUAACGAAAGUUCUACCUCCAUCCACACCUUCGGCACCCAGGGCAAUGCACACGACUCCGAACUCAGAUCCUCCCAGGAAACCUGAAACCAACACAGGACGUGAUCGUCAUCGUGAUCAUCAUAACUCUCCCCCUCCACGUAACUUUCAAAGUUCUAGUACAAGUAAUGCGGUGGUGCCUUCCGAGAAUGCGACACAAAACAUAGGGGGGAGCUUACGAGAUCGCAUAGGUGACAAGGGUUCUACGGCUGUUUCCCCCUCGUACUCGGGCAGACCUGAGCGGGACGAGGAUGAUCGUGAUGGUAGAAAGCGGACGAUAUCAGGUCAGCGUUCUAGACGAUUCGUGUACCUCGCGCUAACGUAUAAUUGA